AUGGGGUUGCACAGUUAUUUUGGCGGGGCGACCAUACAAACCCUAAAGAUGGCGGCAGUUCCGGCGUCUGCCUCUUAUUCUCGCUUCGUCUUCAGCCCUAUUUCCAGAAACCUAGUAGCGCUGGAUUCAUUUCCCAGCCAUUCUCCCUCACCUCCUUUUCCAUUGCUGGCUCGAGCUCUUUCAAUGGCCGCGGCUGUCCAAACAACUCCACCGAGCAGUGAAGACAUAGGAACUGCAACCGUAGCGAAGCCGCAGUGGAAGGCUGCAAUUGACUUCAAGUGGAUAAGGGAUAACAGAGAGGCCGUUGCUGAGAACAUUAGGAAGAGGAACUCCAAGGCCAGCUUGGAGCUUGUGCUCGAGCUGUACGAGAAAAUGUUAGCUGUCCAAAAGGAAGUUGAAAGGCUUCGUGGGGAAAGGAAUGCAGUGGCAAACAUGAUGAAGGGAAAGCUAGAGCCAUCAGAACGUCAAAAGUUCAUAGAGAAAGGAAAGAAUUUGAAGGAAGCACUCGCUAGUUUGGAAGAAGACCUGGUUAAGCUGAGUGACGAGCUUCAACAAGAAGCUCAAUCGAUACCUAACAUGACCCAUCCGGAUGUUCCGAUUGGAGGCGAGGAUUCCUCAGCUGUCAGAAAAAAGGUUGGCAGUCCACGUGAAUUCAGCUUCUCUGUGAAGGACCAUCUUCAACUGGGGAAAGAGCUUGAUUUAUUUGAUUUCGAUGCCGCAGCAGAGGUCAGUGGAUCAAAGUUCUAUUAUCUGAAGAAUGAAGCAGUUUUGCUAGAAAUGGCCCUGGUCAAUUGGACACUUUCCCAAGUGAUUCAAAAGGGAUUUACUCCAUUGAUAACCCCAGAAAUUGUGAGGUCGUCUAUUGUUGAGAAGUGUGGCUUUCAGCCUCGUGGAGAUAAUACCCAGGUAUACUCGAUUGAGGGUAGUGAUCAAUGCCUCAUUGGCACAGCAGAGAUUCCUGUGGGAGGAAUUCAUAUGGAUACUAUUCUUGCUGAAACAGUGUUGCCUUUGAAGUAUGCUGCAUUUUCCCAUUGCUUCCGCACAGAGGCCGGUGCUGCUGGACUAGCAACAAGAGGUCUUUACCGAGUCCACCAAUUCAGUAAAGUGGAGAUGUUUGUUCUAUGUCGACCUGACGAAAGUGAUACAUACCAUGAGGAGCUCAUUACGAUUGAAGAAGAACUCUUCUCUUCACUGGGUUUGCACUAUAAAACUUUGGAUAUGGCCUCUGAAGACUUAGGUGCACCUGCUUACCGUAAAUUUGAUGUGGAAGCAUGGAUGCCUGGUUUAGGGCGGUAUGGUGAGAUAUCAAGUGCAUCAAAUUGCACCGACUACCAAAGUCGCCGGCUAGGGAUUCGAUACCGUCCAGCAGAACUGGCAGCAUCCACAAACCCUAAGAAGGGUGGUAAAGGCAACCUUGCUCCGACAAAGUUCGUACAUACUUUGAAUGCUACUGCUUGUGCCGUACCCCGUAUGAUGAUAUGUUUACUGGAAAACAACCAACAAGAGGACGGGAGUGUCAUUAUCCCAGAGCCACUGCGGCCAUUCAUGGGUGGGAUGGAGGUUAUAUUGGCCAAGCACCACACUGGUUAG